GUUCCUCCUGAACUUCCUGUGCGUUAAUCCACUUGUUGAGGAGAAGGGGAGGAGGACGAGGAGGUGAACAUAAAGGUAAAACGUCAAGAAAACGCGCACAAUGCCCGUCUAACCACAGCAGUGAACCGGGCAGUGGAGCACGAUGUUCGGCUUGAGAGAAGCCGGCGUCCUUGGCGCCUCCGUCGUUCUAGCGGGAGGAGUCGCUUAUCUUAUCUGGAACUACACGUCCUCCUCCGGGCAGAAGAAGCCUGUAAACCGGAGCGGACAGGGCGGUGUAAGUCCCAGAGGGGAAGGAGAAGGGAAGAAGAAGAAGGAGGAGGAGGAGGAGCAGCGGAGGAGAGAGGAAGCUACAACCGAACAAACUGUUGUAGCCGCCGCUGCUGCGCCCGUCGCUGCUGCCAAAGCUCCACAAUCUGCAGAGUCCAGGCCUGCGGAGUCAGGAGGGACACAGGUUCUGGUUCUGGGUCUGGAUGGAGCCGGUAAAACCAGUUUGCUGCACUGUUUGGCCACGGGCAGCCUGGAGCAGGACAUGCAGCCGACGCAGGGCUUCAACGCCGUGUCCAUCAGCAGAGAGGACCUGCACAUCGAGUUCCUGGAAAUUGGUGGUAAAGAGGAGCUGCGACCAUACUGGAAGAAGUACACGUCCAAGGCUCUUCUGCUGGUGUUCGUGGUCGACUCCUCCGACCCACAGCUCUUCCCAGUGGCUAAGAAACAUUUACAUGAGCUGCUGGCGUCUGACCCCCGCCUGCCUUUGAUGGUGCUGGCCAACAAACAGGAUCUUCCAGGCGCCUGCAGCAUCACUGACCUCCAUGACUCUCUGUCCCUGUCUGAGGUCGGAGAACGCAAGUUGUUCCUCAUCGGUACCCAUGUGAAGAAGGGCGAGGCGGAGCUGAGCUCAGGCGUUCAGGACGCUCGUGACCUGAUCAUCCAGAUGGUUUGUGAGGGCAGAUAAAAGUCUGUGGUUUAGGUCCGUCUGUGGUUGUUGCUUAAUCCUGUGUCUUUAACAGGUUCUUUGCACUGUUUUCACUGCAGCAGGUUGGCUGAAAAUCUCUUAUUUAUUUGUGAGAAAAUUAAAAGUUGUUGUUUUGGUACGUUACAUUUGGGAUUAAAGAACACUUAUUUGUUUCAGUGACCAGAUUUGAAUAAUAAAAUCUUUUUUUUUAGAUGUGUCUUUAUUUAAUUUGAGGGACACUCCAAACAACUGGUUUUCAAUUUUUUUUCUGCACCAAAAAUGAAUUUUCUCUUUGUCCCAGCAGGUGAACAGUAGAGCCAUACAUGUUACACUUUACAAGAAUGUUACUCUGUGGUUAUUAGUUAAUCUCUUAAUGUUUCUUAACGCUGUAGGCGAUGAUACACAAGUUCUGGUGCUGCCUUCAGGCUGUAGUGCAGGUGGUCAGAUGGGAUACGGUGGAUUUAUUUCAGGCUGUGGAUUCUCUUAGGAUAUCUGUGAACCUAACGGCUGCAGCUUUGUCACCAGCAGUGAGCAACAGUUUGUUGGCAUCAGAGUUUUGUUUUUUUUUGUUUUUUUUUCCUGUGUCAGUGUUUGUAGACAAAAAUGUAAAAGCGCUGUUGUAACGGACAGUUCAUUUCUUUUGUGUUGAAUUUGGAUAAUCCACAGAAUUUCAUACGUCAGCAUAAAGACUUAACGCUGCAACUGAUGCAAGAUUUUUAUGAGAAACUAAACAUAUCAUAACCUUUUAUAGCACAAAGACAGGCUCCAAUCCAAGUGAUUGUUACGUUCAUUUACUACUCAUCCACAUUAAAUCUGUGCAGUCAUAAAAAAGUAGCCGUUAAACCUGUGGGUGCCGUUGGUUUCAGCUGUUUAUUGAAGUAGGUUAGAGUUGAUGUUACCAAACCUUAACACUACACGACAUCUUUUCUUUUGGAUCACAGCUUUAAAAACACAAGAACUUUUAUGAUACCAGUUCACUGUUACCUACUGUGAUACAUGUUUUGUCUUAAUCUUAAAAAGGGAAUUGACUUUAUGUUAAGAGGAAACUCUUGAACAGGGAAUACAUGUUUUUCUUGAUAUCUUUUGGAAAAGCUUUAUGAGUUUUUGCUGCUCAGAGAGAUGUUACCUUACAGCUCUUGAUUCUCAUUUAUUUGAUGAAAUCUGUUUAACUCAGUGUGUAAACGUUUGAAAAAAAGGUGAACCACGUUGUUGAAUUGUGCAAAACAUUUUUGAGGAAUGUAAAAGUUUCAAAGAGCACUUUUUUUUAUCCAAAGUACCAAAACAUGUCCAAUUUGAAGUAUUGUGUAAAAAGAUUUCUCCCAGUUUGAUAAAAUCUUACACUGUUUUUCAUGUUUAAAUAAAAAAUGUUUCC